AUGUCUGCCCACGAACCUCAUGAUGACGACACCAACGUCCAGGAGGACGACGACGAAAUGUUCAACCCCGAGGACAUGGAAGAAGAAUUCGAGGGCGAGGGCGACGACAUGCCCAUGUCCGACGAUGAUGAAGAAGGAGGAGCCAUGGAGGAGAUCAUGCUACAAAAUGACAGCAUUGCACACUUUGACGGACACAAGGACAGCAUUUUCAGCAUCGCCCAACACCCCACCCACCCACAACUGGUCGCAACCGGCGGCGGCGACGACGUAGCAUACCUCUGGGACUGCACGCCACCGCAAGCUCCCGUCCUGCCCGCCUCGUACGAAAGCAAUCCCCAGCCCGUCGAACGCCACAGCCAGGAACCCUAUGUCAAGCUCGAGGGCCACACGGACUCGGUCAACGCCAUUGCUUUCUCGCUGCCCGAUGGCAAGUUCGUCGCUACUGCUGGUCUGGACGGCAGACUCAACAUUUACAACACUCCACAACAACCACAGAGCGAGCCUGCAAAGGCUUUUGCUUCAGCUGCAGAGGUCGAGGAGAUCAACUGGGUGCUGCCCUGCCCUAACCCUACAUACCCCAACACAUUCGCUCUCGGUGCCAACGAUGGUAGUGUCUGGGUCUACACAAUCAAUGAGCAGGAUGCCGCCUCGCCGCUUACUAUCGUACAAGCUUUCUAUCUCCACCAGGCUUCUUGCACUGCUGGCGCAUGGACGCCCGAUGGCAAGCUGUUGUGCACUGUUUCAGAGGACUCGACUCUGUACGUCUGGGACGUAUUCGGUGACGCUGCAGCUGCUGGUCUCUCAAACCCUUCAGGCCAAGCUGUCAUCGGUCUGACUGGCGAGGACGAGCGUUUCCUCAUCGAGGGUGGUCUGUACAGUGUAGCUGUUUCACCCGGCGGUGCUCUUGUCGCAGUUGGAGGUGCCGAAGGUCAAAUCCGCGUAGUCGGUCUGCCGCGUCUUUCCAUUCCCGCAGGGCAAUCCGUCACUUCUGGGGCCAAGGGCGCCGGUCCCCGUGGCAAGGCUGGUGGUGCUAAGCAAGCGGGCGGUCCUAAAGGCGGUCAGUCAACCGCUGCAUCAGGCCAAUCCGGUGUCAUUCUCGCAGCGCUCGCCGCUCAAUCCGAUGGUAUCGAGACUUUGUCAUUCGCUCAACCGCCAUUGACUCUUUUGGCUGCUGGUAGUGUGGAUGGCAGUAUUGCUCUUUUCGACGUUGCACACAACUUUGCUAUCCGCAGACAUAUUAGGGAUGCACAUGAGGAAGAGGCUGUCAUCAAGGUCGAAUUCGUCAAUGCGGGACAGAAUGGAAGCAACUACAUGCUCACAUCUUGCGGCAACGAUGGUGUUGUGAGGAGAUGGGAUGUCAGAGGUGGUACUGCCGCUGCUAAUGGCGGUUUGAGCGGAGAGUGGAGAGGCCACAGAGGUGGUGGUGAGGGUGGUGGUGUCAUGGGUUUCGUGCAAGGUGGCGGCGGUAGGGCCAUCGUUACUGCUGGAGAUGACAGCGUGUCGCUUGUCUUCAACGCACCUCCUCAGUAA